AUGACCGACCCCGCCUCCCAUUUUCUAUCGCCAGACGUAGACUACCUCACAAUCAUGGUGGCUCCACAAUUUGCAAAUCAACGAACUUUUGCUGCCAGUUGGCGAAGAAGCAGCAAAAGAAGGGACACGACGAAGUUAAGUGUCUUGCGUAUUUUAGGACUUACGGCUGUGAGCUUUGUUGCUACUAAGAUACCUGUUUCGUUUUUCUCGUUCGAGAGCGAACGGGGCCUCGUGGAGCUCACUGUCGAUCCGCAACUGGUAACAGAGUUAGCGUCCUCAAUAGCGUCAUAUGAGUCUCCUCCGGUACCUCGGGAAACUCCUUGGACUGUAUUUUAUAACGUCUACCUGCCUCGUACGAACCUCACUCACGCCUUGACAAUCGUUGAGGAGCAACUGGAACAGGUCAGCAGCUCGUACGGCGCAACUAAGCCAGGAUACGCGCCAACACCGGUGCACUUCAACACCAUCGGAGAUCCGAUCGGGGCAAAAAAAGUGCAGCUCUACUGCGCAACUAAGACAAAUCUUCAUUGCGUACAUAUGCAGCACUAUGAUGACGGUAAUUUUGAAGAUGUUACCCUGACUAGAUUGUUUGAGUUCUGCAGCAACAACGGGAUGGACCUUCCCAAGUUCCAUCCCGAUGAUGAACGUCGUGAUCCUACAGUUGUCUAUCUACAUUCCAAGGGGACAUAUCAUUCCAGUGAAAUGAACGAUCACUGGAGACGUUUUAUGACAAACGCCGCAAUGGGGGAAGGAUGCUUGAAUUUCAAGGGGCGACACAACGCAAGGACCAACGGUGACUCGCAAAUAAAUCUCGACUCUACAGAUAUUACACAAUGCAACGCAUGCGGUUUUAUGUUCUAUCCUAUAUGGACUCCGUUCUUUCCGGGAAAUAUUUGGUCCGCCAAGUGUAGUUACAUCCGAAAGCUAAUGCAUCCACAAGUCUUCAAGAAUCAAUCUGACUCAACGGCUAACAAAGCCGUAGCUCUCAUGAGAGAAGGCCGCUUCACGAUGAAUCUGCUAUCGCCGUACUUUGAGGAAGGAGGAUAUUUGGGACGUGAGCGAUUCGCAGAUGAGCACUGGGUAGGGAGUCAUCCGUCGCUAGUGCCUUGCGAUGUGGCUCCUCGACCCCAUUUGAUGAAAUGGAUCCAUCCAAAAUAUCUGAACAGGAGUAGAACACAACUUUUUGACACUCAACCUCUCGAGUGGUCAUUAGCUCCACGUCAUCCCAUCAACGAAGACUGGUUGUUCUUUCAGGGAAUUCAGAAAAAGUACAAGCUGGUAGCUGAUCGUAACUGGCGUCAUCGAGAAUUUUUCUUGUUACCGGGAGCGCUUUGGAAAUGGAUCACCUGGUACAACGCGGUACCACCGGCUUCUUCGUACGUAUGGAGCUGGUUUCCGGAGGGCUUGGAGUGGUUGGGACGAGUGCAGACAUUAGGGACACAAGAGAAAUUGGGCGAGCCAAAUUUCCCUCGAGUAGUGCACCAGCGCCUACAAUCGAUAGGCGCACGAUCCCCUGGAGCCACAGUCUUUUUCAACACUGUCGGAGAAAUGGGUGUAAGAGAUGUUGCCGAGAUCUUAUUUUUCUGUAGGGAAACGUAUCAAUUGAACUGUGUGCAUAUGGAGCAUUUGGAUGCUGGGAUGGAACUUGUCACUUGGGGUCGAGUACAUGACUUUUGCCAAAUCCACAACUCGUCUCGAGUGGGAUUCGUUCACGCAAUAGGAUCUACCGCCGAUCCAAACCAGGCUCGUCGUGAGCAGCUGCAUCUUUUUGAGACCGAGGCAGUAGCAAGUGAUCAAUGCUGGACAAAACAUCUGGGUUGUGACACUUGCUCGUUGACAUCAACAGUAAAUACCGAAUUUGAGAACGCUCCAAAGACAUUCAAUGCAGGUGACAUUCGAGGAAACAGCUCCUCCCAAAGAACAAAGAAUGAUUUUGACAGUCAACAGAAGAAAUUGAUGCUUACGGCAAUUCCUUCUACAUGGACAGCAAGUUGUGCUUACAUUCUCAACAUAGGUUCUCCCAGCGAUUUCGCCGCGAGAUUUUCACAAAAACAUUGGGAAGUCCGUGGAACAUACGGUGGACGUUGGAUUAUGAAGUAUCAUCGAGUAGGAAAUUGCGAUGUUAACGUUCUUUUCGUCGCCGCUCCGGUGCAGAAAUUGGGGAGGGGAACAUUUCAACACGGUCACUAUCGGCAUGUCACCAUUCGGAUUUCUUGUUCGGGCAUGGUGAAACUCUACUUUGUGGCAGAGCGGAAACCAUCCUAUCUCAAGGAAUCGCAGGGUGGCAUCAUUGCCUUUCCUCACAAUGACCUACGAGCUCAAAAAAUGAAAAAAGUAAUCCAUGGGGCAUCAGAAUCGAGGUUGGCGGACAAGGGCGAAGAAUAA